GCAGCAUACACCGUUCUCCUGGCUGGGUGUGGUUUUGUACAUACCCUGGAAGGACCCCCUGGUUCAACAGAUUGUGCUUGGGAAUAGGAAUCCAGGACAGGAACCAACACACAGGACAAAAAAACAAGGUUAGUAGGCAGGGGAAGCUAUUGCUGAGCAACCCUGUAACAAAAGGACCGGGCAGAAAAACUACUGGGUCCUGCUACAGGGGAAAGAAGUAGAGAAGCCAGGAGACUGAGUCCCACCCACCCCCACCACAAACUGUCCAAACCUGGGAAAGGCCGAGCUGCUUUGCAGAGGGAUUAGGAGGCUCUGGCAGGACUCUGGGAAGGAGACAACAAGGAUUCUCUGUGCCAUUUGCUGCUACAAGCUGGACUGCUAUGUGUUUGAAUGCAGCAGAGACACAAGGCCUGAUUUCCAGAGAUCUUGACCAUCUGCAGGUCCUAAGGGAUGUCUUGAUUCAGUCCCUGCUUGGACUGCACCUUGUGUUGAAGCACCUGAUCAGGCUUUGAACUAGCUACCUCAGAUACAGGGAGCAGGGAGUUGCGUAUGCAGCAUAGCUGCAAAAUACCCAAGAAACUGGGAAUUUACCUAAAGAAAAAUGACACAGAGGCUCUUUGCAAAACUAGAUGCUCUGGAGCAAUCUUCACGUGAGAGCUUGGCCAAGUAUGCCAGAAUUGAAUGUCGGGGGCUUGGGAAAUUACAGUUAAAGCCAUAUGUGUCAACCCCAUUGACAUUUGAAUUUAAGGAGGAUUAUGAAUUACCCAGUGCUAGAAGAUCAAUUAUUUCCGGGCCCAAACCUUCCCCACAGCUUGCAGAAGAGGAACAGAUCUUCACUCAUCUGAAAACAAGGUCUGAAUCACCCAGACUGAUGAUUAGGAAGAACCAUACUGGCAAAUCGACUAUCAGGCCAUUUAGUGCUCCAGACAACCUGCAAGCCAAGCCCUGCUAUCAGCAAGAGGACCUACACACUUUAAAGGAAGGUUUUAUUACAUUAAAGCUAAGCCAAAAAGUAAAACCUGUUAGUUUUAGAGCAAAAGUUCACAGAAGACCAAAAUGGAAGACAGAGGUUGAAAGGGUUCAGAAGCUAAAAGUCCUCUGUCAGCAAGAAAAUGAAGCCCAUUUAGCAUCUGCCCUUAAUCACAAAGAUACUUCUCACUGGUGCUCUUCUAGGAAUGCCACCAGUCAGAAUGAGGAGAUACUUGCACCAGCUACAACAGGAGACAAGUUAGGACAAUACAGCACUUACGGUGAAUCUGGCAAAACUGUUGCUCAACAGCUAGAAAGAGACAAUAAAAUCUGUGUCUGUGUCAAUGAGCUUUUAUCAUCAGAUGAUCAGAAGGCAGGAAAUGAAGCUCUUCUGAAGGAAAGUGCUUUUAAUCAAGGAAGUGUGAAGAGUAACUUGCAGUCAAAAAAAUGUAAUUCAGAAGAAAAGAAAAACCUUAUUUCCUUGAGCAUUGAGGAUGAAAUGGAAAAGCCUGGUGCCAAAAUAAUCCAUGCUGGGUCAUCAAAGGCAAAAUUUGCCAGUCCAGUGAAAGCGAGUGAAACAUACCCCAUAACUUACUCUGAAGAGAGAUAUAUGCAGAAGUUUAUUUUGAAUAGGUGGCCAUGUGUAUGUAGAGGUAAAGUCUCUUAUGACUUAGAAAAUGAAAAUAGCGAAGCAUGUACCAACUUCAACCCAGUGUUACAGAACAACUAUGAUUACGCCCUUGCCUUAAAUGGAGAAAAAGAAGAAAAUCUUCAAAAUGUAACUGUAAAGAAAAAUAAAAAGCUAAACAGAACAUUGUCUGCAAAAAAGAAAGUCAGUGUUCAUAUUUUAUCUUCAGAUGGAAAAACCAAAAUAUUAAUAAAUUCACAGAAAGAAAAAACUUUUGUGGAGAAAAUAGUUCAGAGCUUUUUUUAUGCUGAAGCACCAGUCAGUAAAUUCACAUCAAAAGAGAGGAACAUUUCAACAACAAAGGGUGAAUGCGAUGGAAAUGACCUCCUUGUACAUGGAGUGAAUCCAAAAUUAGCAGUAUUCUAUGAAAGUUUUUCUACACAAGAGAUUCCAGUAGCAGUCUCUAAAUGUUGCUGGUUUUAUGGAAAGCCACUAAGUACCAUUUCACACACUCAGAAGAAAGGUAGGUUGGCCCAGUCAUCACAACUGAGUUAUAUAUCCAUAGCAAAACCCAUUGAAAUACUUCCAUGUGCAGAUGUCACAUCACAGUCAGCUCACAACAUCUCAACGCAAUGUGAUGAUUUGGAAAACAAACACGUUAUUCAGUCCAGCUCUUAUUUUAUGGAAGAACCUCUGCCAAGUCAGAACAAAGUAGGAAUCUUUGGAGAAUGUUCCCAGCCAGCAUCAUCCUUCAAGGAAGAAACACCAACUGAUAUAAAGCUAAAUAAGCAGCAGCAUUGCUUGGAAGGUAAAAAGGAUUGUGAUGCUUCUUCAGGAGUUUCGCACACCGACAGAUUGUUGACAUCAAAAGGUUUGCAGAAAGAACCAAAUGAGGACACUAACCCCCAGAGAAAAGUAGAACUACCUGAAUGCUCACUACCACUACCUGCUCUUUUCACUAGCCAUCCAGUUAUCAGUAUACCAACAGCCCAGUGUGAUACCUAAGAAUCUAAGAUAGACAUAUUUGAGGCUGAAUUUGCAGGUGACAUUACUGAUAUGCUAAAGGAUAUCAGUCUCUGAUUAGCAAAUAAUGCUUGUAACAAUGGGUUCCCCCAAAUGAUGUGGAACUCACUUCCAAUUGAACACAACUCUCAAUCUAAAUGUUAAAUUUUCUCAGAACAGCUGAUGUCCUGUACAAGAGCUUGUAUAACCAAAGGUUUGCUAUUGCAAUGAAUUAUGAUGUAGUGACGUUAAAGGUAUAUUAAUCUCUCAACGAUUAAUUGAUGAGUCUUUAUUUAGUGGUUUCACAGGUCACACACAAGAGACAUUUAAGCCCUCUUUCUGAAGUGGAAAAUAAUUAAGGAGUUUAUAUCUUUUUUAAAUUGUGAAUGGGUUUGGUUGUGGGUAUUUCAAAACAUUAAGAAUAACUUUGAUUUACUCUGAGGAUGUUUUGAGUUUAGAUGUUUAAAAAACAAAACAUCCAAAAUGAUGUAUCUCAUGUUGAUUAUACUGAGUCUCAUCCAUGAUAUAGUUUAUAGUAUAGCGGACCUUGUUUGUAACACUAACAAAAUUGCAUGUAGUAGAAUUAGCUUUACCCUCUGUUACAAUAUUGGCUUAGCUGGGUUCCUAGCCAAAAUGCAUUGAAGAUACUGUGCCUAGGCAACUGAGCACAUUGCAUCACUUGUCAGCUAAUAUUAAAUCUAUGUUACUGUCUGAGGGCAUAAAAAAGGGGGGGGGGGAAAUGUUUCUAUGUAGGGGCUGUUUGGAACUGAAAUGAAUACAAGAGGUUAAGAUCUGAUCCUGUUAUUUAGAAGACAGUUGUUACACACAACUAAAUGUACAUAAUAAACCUACUGUACUCAGACCUGGUAGUUCGAACAUCUAAUUAGAUAAGCAGUUGCACUUCAUAACUUUUUCAACAUAUGAUUUGUAACAGCUCCACAAUUCAAUUAUUAUGUGCCUAAAUGAUGGUGUAGGUGAUGGGCCUUAGGUAUGAUUCUGUGGUUUGCUAGAGUACAGGAAGCUACAGCUGAACACCUAAUUUGUUUUCUGACUUGUGUCCCUGUGCUUGUAUGUGUAAAUACUGUAUUUGUAAUUAUUUGCUUUCUGUCUCCUAUAUAUGAAAGUACUGAGG